UAUAAUUACUCUGUGGUUUCCGGUUACUUUCCGGACGUGGCAAAACUUUCCACAACAAAAACAAAAUUCCAUUCGAAUUUCGAUUUUCAUUUUUCAUAUUUCCAAGUUCUAUCUGGAACUUGGAAGCGGUAGACAGUUUUCCCACCACGAUUGCAAAACUUGUUAUGUGACUGAGAGUUUAUGUUUUUGUUGUUGAUUACGUAAAUACGUGAAGAAGUGGUGUGGCGUACAAAAUGAUAUGAACACAUAAAUGUGAUUAUUUACAGCUGUACUGUAUGGGAGGUUUCGCAAGCCGAAAGUUUAGAAGUAGACUCGGAGUUCGAUUUACAUUUGGCUAACAUUUUGUGGUUAAGUAAAUUAAACUCACAAUAGUUUUUACUUUUUAUGGGAAAAUCAGUUUUAGCUCCAAUAUGUCAGUGAACGCAGAAGAAGUAACAUUUGAAGCAUUAGAGAGUACAGAUGUUAUUAGCGUUGAGUUAGUUCCUGAGCGCAAAGGGCUCAUACUGAAGCACUGCGAGUACUAUGUGAGCUCCCGACGUCACGGCACAACUGUCACUAGGAGAUACAAUGAGUUUGUGCAGCUAUAUGAUGUUCUGUGCGCAAAAUAUCCUUAUCGUGCAGUGUGCACUCUGCCCCCCAAACGCGUGGUAGUGGGGGGCGGCAGCCCGCUGUUCUUGCAGCGGCGGCGCGCGGCGCUCCAGCGCUGGCUCGGGUUGGUGGCGCGGCACCCCGUGCUGGCGCACGACGCGGACCUCAGGACCUUCCUCUGCGAGACCUCGCCCCGGCUCGACAAGCCCAAACACGACGAGUUCAUACUGGCUGGCACACAAGAGGACAAUGCGAGAGACAUGAGCACGGACGACAUGCAGGAAUCCUUCGCGUCGGAGCAGGAACAGCUUCGCCUGGCGCAGCUCGGCUUGGGGAGACUGUUCAAGAUUAUUGAAAAAGUGGAGGGUCGCUGCUCGGCGGAGCGCGCAGACAUCCGCGAGCUGGGCGCCGCGCUGCACGCACUGAGCGCGCCCGCCGCCGCAGACAACGCGCGCUGGGCGCACAUGCGCGAUGCCUUGCGCGCUGCCGCUGAGCUAGCAAUGGCGAUGGGCGGCGCGGACGAGUCGGCGGAGGACGAGGCGAUGGAGCGCACGCUGGUGGCGCUGGACGCACUCGGUGCGUACCGGCAGCUGUGCGCGCGCCUAACGCGCGGCCUGCACGCCGAGCGCGCCGCCGCCGCCGCCGCCGCGCCGCACAGCGCCGCCUCGCACGCCCUGCGCGCGCGCCACCGGUACGCGCUGCGCUGCGCCGCCGAGGAGGCGCGAAUAGCCCGCGCAUACGCGUUGUCCGCGCUGGAGAUCCUUCCAGAGCUGCUUCGUACGCAAGGCACGUCGCACGCACGCGUCGCCGCGCUGUGGGCAGACUUGCACACAGCGUUAAGACAUCCACACUCCAAGCCCACUAACAAAUGACUGAUCUUUAUUCCAACUGUGAUAUUCCACUCGAAUAUUCAUACAAAUUCUUCCAACGCAGCCUAAGCUAAAGGAACUUGAUCUAUAUACGUAGUUGAAAUGUACCUUUAUUAUUAUAAGCAUAUAAUUUAUGUCUUGAUAUGAUCACGCCAAGAUUUCAAUGCUUGGUAAGCGAUAAUGCAACUGAGAGGUAUCCGGUAUCCGGCUCGAAGGACCAAAAAACUGUACUACUUUUAAGAUACUUAUUAUAAGUUUACAUACUAGUUGACAUUUAAUAUAUCGCAGAUUAUAUCCUAUAAGUUACAGGGGUGCAGUUUAUGACGACAGGGGGAGCGAGAGACCCUUGUACUACGUGGGCAAAAGGGGAGGAAAAAGAGUGUCAUGGCCAGACCUUCGUGAUUUUAUUACAUUAUUAUAGGCUGAAGUUUGUCAGCCCUUGUGACUUGUUCCAUGCUGCUAUCUAUGGUGAUUUAUUGAAAUAGCAAGUAAUAAUCUGAGCCGAGAGCCGUGAUAGUUUAGUGGAUAUGACCUCUGUCUUCAAUUCUGAGUGCGUAGGUUCGAAUCCGGUCCGGUGCAUGCACCUCUAACUUUUCAGUUGUGUGCAUUUUAAGAAAUUAAAUAUCACGUGUCUCAAAUGCCGAAGGAAAAACAUCGUGAGGAGAAGAGAAGAAUUUUUUUAACUAUCUACGUGUGUGAAGUCUGUCAUUGCAUUGGGCCUUGGUCUAUAGACUAUUGGCCUAAGCCCUCUCAUUCUGAGAGGAGAAUCGUGCUCAAAAGUGAGCUGAAUAUUGGUGAUAAUGAUGAAGUAAUAAUCAUUCUAAAGCGUUUUAAAUAGUUUUUUUAGGAUAAUAUGAUGAACAAUGUUGCUAGACAACCGUUCUGAAUAUUUCUAUGGAACUUGUAAGUAGACCCUUAAAAGUUCAAUCUUUAAUGUUGUGUAUUCUAUGAUAGAAGCGUGAGAAACUUUCAGCGUUUUAGGGUUCCGUAGUCCACGAGCUCAAUUGUCCGUAUAUGUAUUUAUUUUUAUUAUAAUCUACGGAACCCUAUACUGCGCGUGGCCCGACACGCACUUGGUCGGUUUUUUUUUAAUAAAGAGGGGACUAGCACAUUCUAUAAUAGACAUUAGGUAAUACAUUAUGUCACCACACACGAUAACUAUUGUAUGUUUUUGUUUACGUUCGAAAUUCGAUAUAGCUAUAGCUGACGGUAAGGCCGGCCGCACACACUCGUUUUCCGUAUUCGUUAUCCUAAUGCGUAAUUUCGUAUUGGAAUUCCGUGAGACUACCGCAGACUUUACGUUUUUUUCUUAUUCGGAAUGAAUAUAGUCGCAAGGGCUCGUAUUCGCAUUUUUGACGGCCUCCGUGGCCCAGUGGUAUGCGCAGUAGACUUACAAUACGGAGGUCCUGGGUCCAGGUCUGGCUGGUGGGAGGCUCCGGCCGUGGCUAUUUACCACCCUACCGGCAAAGACGUACCGACAAGCGAUUUAGCGUUCAGGUACGAUGCCGUGUAGAAACCGAAAGGAGUGUGGAUUUUCAUCCUCCUCCUAACAAGUUAGCCCGUUUCCAUCUUAGAUUGCAGCAUCACUUACCAUCAGGUGAUAUUGUAGUCAAGGGCUAACUUGUAAAAAAUGAAAAAUAAAAAAAAAAUCGUUACGCACGGAAAAAAACAUAUGUCCUUUAAUAUAUUUUAUAUUGUUAUCAUGUAUUCGGUUUUCCGAACACGGAAAAGGAAUACGGAAAACGAGUGUAUGCGGCCGGCCUAAUAGUCUAACCAGAAUGAAUAUAGAUCUUUCUAGAAUUACGUAAUACUUAGAGAAUUUUAAAAAGAUUGAUUAUACACACUCGAAUGAUAGCGAUCUUUAUACAUGUUUUAUACUGUAGUAUUAUUAUUUUUGUUAUUGUAAGAGAUAUUAUAUAUACAUUUUGUAUUGUAUAGGUAAAAAGUUUCGGUGGCAGGUUUAAAUAAGGACCAUAAGUUCGUUACUGUGAUAUUUUGAAUUUUGUCAAUUAAAUAUAUUAACGCAAAGUAAUAUUGUAGCAAUCAUAGUUAUAACGUGUUAAUCUUGCAUUUUAUUUUUAUAUAAUAAAAAUAUAUUACCAUUAAAUUGUU